AUGGAGUCCACGCGUAUCAUCCACUCCAAGAUCGGCCUCUACCCGACCGCAAACUCACCAGACAGCGAACGAAGACAAGAAUCGAAUACCCAGGCCGAUGAGAAAGGACAUAAUGGCGAUGUUGAAACGGCCAGCGCUCAGCUGGAAGAAAUUAGUGUUCUCAAGCAAGGGCUGCACCAGCGGCAUAUUCAGAUGAUCGCCUUGGCGGGCACCAUUGGCACUGGGCUGUUUCUCAGUUCUGGGCAAGCGAUUGCGACAGCGGGCCCUCUAGGGGCAUUUUUGGCAUAUUUAAUCAUCGGUAUGACGGUCUCCAGUGUCAUCUUUGGUGUCGGAGAGAUGGGUGCACUGGUUCCACUUAAUGGUGGUGUCAUUCGAUACGCCGAAAUUUUCUGUGAUCCCGCACUAGCAUUUGCCAAUGGGUGGAAUCAGAUUUAUUCCUACCUCGUCUCUAUUCCAUCCGAACUGGUGGCGGCGGCGGUGAUCGUGGAGUUUUGGGUCACGGUGAAUAACGCCAUCUGGAUCACCACCUUCGGAGCGCUGAUGGUCAUCACCGCAUUGCUCUUCGUGCGUGUUUAUGGGGAGCUGGAGUUCUUCUUCUCCAUGUUGAAGAUUAUGCUUAUUAUUGGAAUCAAUAUCAUGGCGCUAGUCAUCACCUGCGGCGGAGGACCAAACCACGUUGCAAUCGGUUUUAGUUAUUGGACUUCACCGGGGCCCUUUGUCCAAUACCUCAACAUUCCUGGAUCCCUUGGUCGGUUCCUUGGUUUCUGGAAGGCUUUCGACAGCGCACUAUACGCUUACUCUGGAAUCGAAAACAUUACGGUGGCCGCCGCUGAAACGAAAAAUCCUCGCACGGCAAUUCCGAUGGCGGCACGGCGUAUUUUUAUUCGCAUUCUCCUUUUCUACAUCUUGACAAUUUUCAUGGUUGGCUUGGUAGUACCGUCAGAUGAUCCGAAUCUUCUCAACUCGACCGACACAGCAUCCCAGUCCCCGUUCGUGAUAGCUGCGCGCCAUGCAGGAAUUAAAGUGGUCCCGUCAAUUAUCAAUGCGGUCGUAUUGACGUCGGCCUGGUCGUCGGGAAAUUCAAACAUGCUCGGCGGUUCCAGAAUUCUGUUUGGGAUGGCAGUUCACGGGCACGCACCGGCUAUCGUUAAACGGACGAACAGGUUCGGAAUCCCCUACAUAGCCGUGGCAGUGUAUGGCGUGUUCAUGGCGCUAGGAUAUAUGACACUUUCUAGCUCAGCAAGUACGAUAUUUACCUGGCUCCAGGAUAUUGUAUCCAUAUCCACGCUUGUCAACUGGAUAUGCAUUUGCAUAGUAUACCUGCGCUUCUUGUAUGGCUGUUGGAAGCAGGGGAUUGACCGUCACCGCGAACUUCCCUGGGCCGCACCCUUCCAGCCAUAUACCACAUGGGCAUCACUGGUCGUCUUCGUUCUUCUUUUCUUCACUGGGGGAUUCACCACAUUUAUGAAAGGGAGGUGGAGCUCAGAAACUUUCAUUGCUAGCUACAUCAACCUGCCUUUGAUGAUUGUGGUAUACCUGGGCUACAAAGCACUGAUGAAAACGAGAAUGUUGCCUUUGGAGGAUAUACCGAUUCGUCCUUUUAUCGAAAGUGCAAGGAGGAAUCCUGAGCCGGUGGUCAAAAAGCGAGGGUUGGCGAAGUUCAACUUUCUGUGGGCUUAG